AUGAAACCUAGAGAUCUUAUAAUAUAUAUAUUUGUCUUUGGAGGAGUUGUUCUGGGUUAUUUUCAUAUAUUUGAUAAGUUUUUUCAGAAAAAUCAAAAAGAAGAUCAAGAAUUAUUCGGUCAAGACUGGCUUAGAAAGAAGUUCCAGAGUGUUUCAUGUUCAGAUCAACAAUAUUUAUGUAGUGAUACAUUACAAUGUGUUAAUCAUCCAGCAAAUUGUCCAUGUCCAUUUCCUACAUCACAAGUACGAUGUUCACUAGGUAAUGGAGGGUAUAUUUGUGUAUCAUUGUCGGAGGAGCAUGAUCCAUGUCAAAUUAUUGAGCAAUACCGGCUAGGAAAUAAUAUUUAA